UUGAACUACAACUCCCAUCAUCAGACCCUUUCUAGAUUUGUCUGUAGUGCCACAUCAUUUGAUGUCACUGCCGCACCUGCGCAGCCAUCUUGUACUUUGAGCGAGGAGCGGACACAGAAAGAAAUCAAAAGGAUCAAAUAAACCUGUCAAAUUAGAAGUAGGAAUGUCCUUAAACGUUAUAUAGCCUCAUAACGAUUAGACACCCAAGAAGGACAAGGUUAGGUUAAAAAAAAGACGGUGAAAUAGAUAUUCAAGUGCUUCGGAUAUCCAGACCUACAAGUCAUCUAUCUUUUGCUUGUGAGUGAGAGGAAGGAACAGUCAAAUCGCCGAAAGAAAAACAUCAGUCAAAUCAUGAAUCCAGAAUAUGACUACCUGUUCAAGCUCCUCCUUAUUGGUGACUCCGGUGUGGGAAAGUCCUGUCUUCUGCUCCGCUUUGCUGAUGACACGUACACAGAGAGCUACAUCAGCACAAUCGGUGUAGACUUCAAGAUCCGUACCAUCGAGCUGGACGGCAAGACCAUCAAACUACAGAUUUGGGACACUGCUGGUCAGGAGAGGUUCCGCACCAUCACCUCCAGUUACUACAGGGGAGCCCACGGCAUCAUCGUGGUCUACGAUGUCACAGAUCAGGAGUCGUACAACAAUGUGAAGCAGUGGCUGCAGGAGAUCGAUCGCUACGCCAGCGAGAACGUCAACAAGCUGCUGGUGGGGAACAAGUGUGACCUCACCACCAAGAAAGUAGUGGACUACACAACAGCCAAGGAAUUUGCUGACUCCCUGGCCAUCCCCUUCCUGGAAACGAGUGCCAAGAACGCCACCAACGUGGAGCAGGCCUUCAUGACCAUGGCUGCUGAGAUCAAGAAGAGGAUGGGCCCCGGGGCCACAGCUGGAGGGGACAAGCCCAACCUGAAGAUAGACAGCACCCCUGUCAGGCAGUCUGGGGGGGGGUGCUGUUAAACUGGACUCUGUUCUGGAUGCUCUCCUCUUCUUCACCCUCCCUGCUCUGGGCUUCACUUCCUCCACCUCUUAGUCCCUCAGCCUCCCUCCCAUCUCCCGUUCUCUUACUCUUGCCGCGGGAUGGGUGGUUGGAUAGGGAGGGGAGGAGUUGAGGGGUGAGAACUGGGGAAUGACUUUAAGACCGUAUCUCCCCACAAAAAAAGUAAAGAGAAAAGUUAGGUGGGGGGUUAGGUUUUCUUUUUUUCCAAGCGAUGAGUCAGGAACGUAAACAGAUAUGAGAAAAGAUUGGUAUUGACUUAGAGGAGAACUGGGUGAUAGAAGAUUAGGUUUUAGAUUCCGGCGAGCGCUUAUCUCCCUCCUGUGUACACACACACACACACACACACACACACACACACGCAAACAGACAGACAGAACAGGGGGCGGAGUGAUUCUCCCAUAGGAAGUCGUCACAGGUGAGGUUCUCUUUCCUUUAGGCUAUGUCUGUCAUUGCUAUCCAAUAGCAAAUUCAGUUUAGAGUGCUACAGUAAUCUGUCAUUUAUGUAUUGGACCUGUUUUAUCUCAGACUGCUGGGGUGCCUUGUAGUCAUGGCGAUGUGUCACCAUCUUAAGUCUGUUUAUAGGUAUCAAGUGAGUGACGUUUUCAAUCUAGCCUACGGUCUACGUUCCACAUGUAAUAGUAACACUAAUGCACUAUUUAUACCCAUGUAUCCAUCCAUCCAUCCAUUGUAUGAACUGAAUUGGCGUUGGGGCAGACUGCACCACUACCAGCGUCCUAACAACGGAGUCAUCCAUCAUUAAUCGAUGAGGAUACGGGUAUCUUAGAAUUAGAAUGAAUAGACCGGACUCUGAAGGAAGGCAUCAGCAGAGAGGGGAGAGACAUACACUUUGUCUGUGUGGAGAAGAGGGUGCUGGGAAGGAUCCUCUGACUCCCCGUAGAGCCUGAGCUUUAGGUUGAUUCGACACAGAACAGGAGAACUUUUGGUUGAACUUGGAAUCACUGCUUCCCUCUAUCCCUUCAUCCCUCUACAUGCAGACGGGAGGAUGGAGUGAGAGAGACUCUUGGUUUUUGAGUGCUUUAAUAUACUGUAUGGUGUUAGUUAGCUCACAUCACUCUUGUUAGAAUUUCACAUGUAAAAAAAGACCAAACAAAAAAAAAUAAUGCAUAAAUAUUUGAGAUCUGCUUAAGUCAUGUUUGUAUGUCUUUUAAGUUGUCAGGACUCUAUAUUACAGUAUGCCCAAGGUGGUUCUUCAACAUAAACAGACAGUGUACACACACACACACACACACACACACACAGAACGGGGCAUGACGUAGUACUAGAUUAGUGGCGGAAGUAUGUCGAGGCUUGGGAAAGUGAUAUUCAACUAAUUAACAGGAUAUAUGAAACAAGAAAUUGGCAAUAUUCUCUCUUCAUAUUCAUAGAUUAUUGUUCAUAUUAUUUUAUUGUUAUUACAAUGAUUUUAUUAUUUGAUAUUUGUAUAUUCUGUAGUUUUUUUCUAAUCGAAAAAUCUUGUAAAAAUUGCUUGAAAUGUUGUCCAACAUCCUUUAUCGGGUGGGUUGGGAUGUUGUUUGGUCGGAGGAGUUGGGGAGUUGUCUCUGAAAGCUACUGUUCCCUCCUGUGCCUCACUGGACUCCGAAAGAUACGGACCGCGUGUAGCAUGUCACACCACAGGUUCUUUACGCCUUGGCCAUGGCCCACUUCUCAGACCGUGUUGCCAUCCACCAUUUGUCAUCACGUGUCCCACAGUGCUUUUCUUUUAUGUUUGUCAUGGUUUCACGUCAGUUAGUGUGGUCAUUAUGAAGCGUAGCCAACUCAUUACCCCUCUCUAGAUCAGUGCGUGAAUGGUGUUCUUCAAUCUACAUCAUUGUCAACUGCUAGCUAGUUCCAGUAGCCUCUAUAUAGCUGAAGACAUGGCGUGUGUUUGGCAGAUCAGAAUGUGUGUUAAUGGGCCUGGCUGUCCUGACUGAGUCUCCUUCUACAGGAACCUGCCCUGCGUCGUUCCCUUCCCAGUCUGUCCUCAUGCUUCUCAUGGCUGUGUGUGAUUUCUCAGGCAUUCCUAGGGAACUAUGGAACCGAGCAGGAAAGUGGAGAAAACCCUCCAACCCCUGACCUUAACCAACCCCUGACCUUAACCAACCCCUGACCUUAACCUACCCCUGACCUUAACCUACCCCUGACCUUAACCUACCCCUGACCUUAACCAACCCCUGACCUUAACCUACCCCUGACCUUAACCUACCCCUGACCUUAACCAACCCCUGACCUUAACCUACCCCUGACCUUAACCUACCCCUGACCUUAACCUACCCCUGACCUUAACCUACCCCUGACCUUAACCUACCCCUGACCUUAACCUACCCCUGACCUUAACCUACCCCUGACCUUAACCGACCCCUGACCUUAACCUACCCCCUGACCUUAACCGACCCCCUGACCUUAACCGACCCCCUGACCUUAACUGACCCCUGCGCUAGUUUUGAAUUAAUGUAAUGCACUACAGUACGGCUAAUACUACUAAUAUGGCCUCUAAGCUUUUGUGUUCUUGACAACAAAGAAUAUUGGCCUUUGUAAUAACCGACAAUCUCAGUUUUGGAUCCAUUUUUUCUGUAGAAGUAGUCAUGGUUUACAACGGGACUUUAGGAAAAUGGUUGAAAUUGCAGUGACGUACUGUUAGCCAGAACUGGACCCACAGACUUGUUAAAGCACUAUAGUGAGCCUGUUGUGGAAUGGACACCUCCAUUUUGUCCUCUUGGUUAGCCCUUGGUCUUGCCAGUCUGACAUGGUGCAGUAGGCAGUGUGUGACCGUUCUAACCUUCGACCUGUAUAUCUUUAUGACUAGGAGAAGAGCAGACUGGAAGGGUCGUACUCUAACGACAACUAUGUAAGCGUGUUGCACGGUCAUGUUAUAUGGUCAUUGAGCCUUGAUCAGUUUGGCGUUGAGCAUUCCAUUGGGUUUGAGCAUGUUACGGUCAUCAUGGUCAUGUUACGGUCAUCAUGGUCACGUUACGGUCAUCAUGGUCAUGUUACAGUCUUCAAAUAAGUCCUAGAUUCUGGUUCAUUGGGUCGGAGUGAGUUUGACUGUGCUUGAACGUUCAGGGGUAGCAGGGACUGACUGGUUUUGGCAUGCAGACCGGAUAUGAACUCCCAUCGGCCUCUUUAAGCCAAUCAAUAUAUUACAACAAUGUUCUCUGAAUGGCUCCUACUACUCAUCGAUAAAAUGGUAACUGGCUUGGACUUUCCCGGUCGGUCUUCGACAGGUAGUUGAAGUUAAGGUGGCACAGCCUCGGCCUCCCGGCUCAGAGCUCCAUGUAGUAACGUGAAGUUUCAGCCUCUAUAAACUGAUGUCCAAUGUGUACUGACGUGUUAGUGGGCGCUUCCUGCAGAACACGGCUACCAACCAGUCUAUGGCAUUAAGGUCUAGAAGAGCGACGCGAGGGCUGAGAUCAGGUUUAACAGAAAGUAUCUGUUUGUAGAUGUGAUUCUUUAAGGUAGUAGAUACAGCAGUCGUCUUAGCACUGACGUUAAGGUGUUGUCUUUUUGGUAGAGCCUUUUACAGAUGUGGUUUGGCCAAGCCUGCGACGCAAUGCAAGACUAAACCAGACUGGAUUGUGUGCCAGCUCUCAUUUCAUGCUCAUUCAGUUUGGCAUGAUGAAUUUGAGGAUCUGCUAGGCCUAAGUAAUCGCUGGUAGGAAGGGAGGGAACAGUAGUGUGUGGGGUCAGGGUCGGGGAUGGUCUGUGUGCGUGACAUUCCUGCUCCCUGAGCACAGGUAGGCUUUUCUCUCAAAUCUCAAGUCCUGCGAAUGAAACGAUUGUUUGCAACUCUCCACACAGACACACAGACUCUCUAAAUUGGACGUUUCAGUCCAAUAAACAGUCCUUUUUGAUUUGUUCUGGAUGUGCUUUUCCUACCAAGAAUUCUUGAUAUUCUACUGAUUUUAAUAUAUUAAUUGAAAAUAUACUGUGGUAAUAUUGUGUUCAGUCCAUCGACGGAUAUGAGGGAGGGGUUUAGGAAAUGAGGGUGUGACAACACGUGGGGGUGGAGUUCGCGGCUGGCUUUGUUUGGGCUCGUACUCAUGAAUGUGAUUAUGAUGGAACUGCUGAAAUCUUUUAUUUUUUCUGUGUAAUUUCCACAGUUCUUUGUGGCUCUCCUGUGGCUUAAUAAUGGAACGCGUGUUCUUUAAUAGCGAGCGUCAUGCAGGUCCCCUCCUGAUCCUCACUUUUUUUCAUUUUUUCUCUUGUCCACUUUGGUGCUCUCUGUCUCACUGCUGAGUUUGAUCAUGAUGUUUUUUUUAAUGUACAUAUUAUAAAUAUAUAUAUAUAAUAAAAUGAAUAAAAAAGAUCAAUGUCAA